AACCAAUAUACCGAUUGUAGUGCGUAAUUCCCGCCCAAGAAAUCAACCAUGGCCGACCCUACCAUCACCCGCCCCACCCGCUCCCUAGCCGGAAAAGUCGCCAUCAUCACCGGCGCCGGCUCCGAAGGCGACGGCAUCGGCAACGGCCGCGCCGCCGCAAUCCUCCUCGCCGAGGUGGGCUGCGCGGUCGCCUGCGUAGACUUCGACCUCGCGCGCGCGCAGCGGACGGUUAGCAUGAUCGAGUCGGAGGGCCACGGCAAGGCGCUGGCGCUCAGCGGGGACAUCACGUCGGAAGAUACCUGCAAGAGCAUUGUUGAGAAGACGCUAGAGGCAUGGGGGAGGGUGGAUGUGCUGGUGAAUAAUGUAGGGGGCUUGGGGGGGAGGGGGACGGCGGUGGAGGUGGAGAUGGAGACAUGGGCGAAGGGAAUGGAGUUGAAUGUCGGGUCGAUGGUGAUGAUGGCGAAACACGCGAUACCCGCGAUGCUGAAGAACGAACCCACCCCGGUCUGCCAAUAUCGCGGGGCGAUCGUCAACAUGGCGAGCGUGGCGGGGUUACGGGGCGGAACGCCGCAUCUGCUGUAUCCGACGGCGAAGGGGGCGGUGGUGAACAUGACGCGCGCGAUGGCAGCGCAUCAUGCGGCGGAGGGGAUCCGGGUGAACUGCGUGUGUCCGGGGAUGCUAUAUACGCCGAUGAUGUAUGGGCAGGGGAUGAGUGAGGAGAUGCGGGCGGCGAGGAAGGAGAGGAGUCUGUUGAAAACAGAGGGAAAUGGGUGGGAUGCGGGAAGUGCGAUCCGGUUUUUGGCGACGGAUGAGAGUCGGUGGAUUACUGGGAUUGCAUUACCUGUUGAUGCUGGGGCGACGUCUGCGGUCAUGCUGGGUGAGUGAUUUGACUUUUCCAUACUCCUUUGAUCCCGUUGUACAAUGUGUGGAUACGUUGGAUUGCACUGACUCGUUUGGGUUGUAGGCAAAUGAAGGGUUUGAUAUCGAAAACCAAUAUAGCCAAAGAAAAUCAAGUUAAAUGGAGCUUCAAAUUUCUCCAAUUGCUGU